UUCUCCAUCAUGGCGGAUGCUGAGUUGAAGAAGCGUGGUUGGUAUUUGUCACCAGAAGGUAUAGAGGAAUGCACAGAGGAUGGAAGGAGUGGUGCUGAUGAUAUCAUCAAAAUUGCAAUGGAUACUGAUAUGAAACAGAUUGGCCAGAAAGUUAUUCCUGAAGAAAUCAAUAGAGGGAAACUACAGUCGUGGGAUGGUCCAAUUGUGUUACAAGUCCAUAAAAUAAGAAACGUUACUGCUCCUAAAGACAACGAAGAAUCAAACGUAGCGCCACGUAUGCUGAAGAUCACAUUCACAGAUGGCUGUGCCAUGUGUAAUGGACUUGAAGUGGAAACUCUUAAAGAUAUAAGCCUUAAUACUCCUCCUGGAACCAAAGUAAAACUGACUGGCAAGCUGACCAUUAACAGUGGCUUUCUUCAGCUGACAAACAGUAAUAUUAAGUGCCUGGGGGGACGCGUGGAGAGGCUGGUAGAAAACUGGGAACUUAAAAAGUCUCUUGCAGUCCAGUCUCGCAGGAGAGGAGGGGGAGAGGAUGGACCGCCUGCUUUCGUGCCAUUCGGUCACAAAUUACAUGACACAACACAGAAUGGACCUAGAUCAAGAGAAACAUUUAAGUCUUUAGAAUCCAGUAAAGAAGAAAAGAAGGAAGGGGAUGGAGAGUUUGAACAGCAGCGACAAGCAGCUUUGGCAGAAGCCAUUCAGGCUAAAGAAGAUGGAAAGGGGAAAACAUUUGGAGGGAAACAGAUUCAAGACAAAGACAUAGCGAAGAUUGUAGAAAUGGGCUUCACGCCAGACCAGGCUACCAAUGCCCUGCGCCAGACAAACAGUAACCUUGAAGAAGCUAUAGCCUCCCUAGUCAUCAGUCCUGGGUCUGGCUACAGAGGGGGUGGUAGAGGGGGCAGGGGAGGGUUUGGCAGAGGGGGGCGAGAGGACAGAGGAGUUGGACGGGGCCGAGGCCGUGGUAAAGAAGAGGAGUUUGAGCAAGGAUCUUCCCGUCCAUCAGCACCUGCCACGCUAUUCGACUUUAUUCUAAACAAAGCUGGGCCAAUAAAAGAAGAUGCUAAAGAGAAAGACGACAAACCCACAAAAGAAGGAGGAGGGGACAACCAGGCCAGUAACAAACCUCCCCCGCCUACUGCUGCCCAGAAGCAGGACAGAAUAAAAAACUUACCUCCCAGGUUACAGAAUAAAUUGCUGAAUGAGCAGAAAGCUGCUGAUCCCCGUGUGGGCCAGUACAGCGGCCCCACACCCAGGGAGAGUUACCAGGCCUCCAGCAGUUAUAAGGGGCAAGCUGCCCAGCGAGGAGGGGGCGGAGGGGAAAGGCCGUCACAACGAUCUCAGAAUCAGGACUCCCGAAGGUUGAAAAAUGACUACCAGAAUGGGUCCUACCAUAACGAGUGGAAUCAAAACAGAAAAGACUAUGGUUAUCAAAAUUAUGAUGGCUAUCAUCAUAACGAGUCAGCUGGAAACUGGAAUGCCAAUCAGCAAAAUGGUGGUUAUUAUAAUAGUAAUAGGAGAAAUGAUCAUUAUUACCAAGGAGGGCGUGGGCGAGGUGGGGGAAGAGGAUAUGGCGGGGAUUACGGUCGAGGGGGUGAUGAAUACCGAGGCGGGAGGCAUGGGUCAGGGACCUCUAGGGGCCCAGUGAAACAAAAACAGUUAUAUGAUCCUAAAACGGAUCAGUAUGUGCCUCCUGAGCACCAGCAGGCUCCCCCCAAUCAAUAUCAGCAGCAAGACCCCAACAAGCUGCACGGAAGCUCUCAGUACCGCAACCGGGGUGGGGGUGGUGGCCCCCAGGGACAUCAACAAGGCCAGAUGCAAUAUAUGGAAAACUACCAACAAGACGGAGGCGCGGGAAACCGGUCACAAAAAGGGAAUCGGAAAAACAGACAGCAACAGCAGCAGCAACAAGAUCAGUAUCUCCUUCAACAGCAACUUGUACAACAGGACGGACAGCAUCAACAGCAUCAGCAUGAACAACAACAACAGCAACCCCAGCAGCAACAAAUGCAGGCUCAAACUCCACAGUCAUAUGGCCAGCAGACGUUCAUCCCUGGACCAGCAAUCUAUCAGACACAAAAUGGGCAGACGUUCCAGACGUUUGCGGCAACCCAGCAGCCAUAUUAUCAUCCUGCUCAGACCCAGCAGGGCCAGAUGGCAGCAGCAGCAUUCCAGGUGGCCCAGGUCAACCAGCAGGGACAGAUCGUGUUCCCUGCACAACAACCACAACAGCCACAGAUGAACUCUGCAGAAGCACAGCAGUGGAAUGAAGGUGAUGUUUGCAUAGCCAAAUUUUGGGAAGACCAACAGUGGUACAAAGCUGUCGUAAUAGGUGUGAAUCUACAGAGUCAGAUCAGUCGAGUCACAUUUGUGGACUAUGGAAACAAUGAAGAUGUGCCAUUUUCAGAUAUGUUUCAGAUUCCAAAAGAUGUGUGG